UCACUGUUAAAAUUCUACUAAGGAAACGUUCUAUUAGAAGAUUUAAAUCUUUUAGUGAUACGAUGACUUAUUUUCAAAUAAUUUUAUCAACUUGUUCUUACAUUAUUAGUAUGCGUACCUGAUACUUAUGAUAUUCCGUGUAGGUGAAGUGUAUCAUAUCAUGACCUCGUCAAAUAGAGGGAUUCAAAUCGGCUCUGCUUGGUUUCAAACAAAAAUUAACCUAAGACCACAGCGUCGAGGUAUUCAUCACGUUACCGAGGAAAUCCUAAAAGGAAUUCCCGAACUCUGUGAAUUUUCUGUUGGACUUUGUCAUAUACAAAUUCUUCACACAUCGGCAAGUUUAGCAUUAAAUGAAAAUUGGGAUCCAGAUGUUAGAGAUGAUGUAGAAAUGAUGCUUAAUAAAUUAAUUCCUGAAGGUUUGGACUACAGACACAAUUGUGAAGGACCAGAUGAUAUGCCAGCACAUAUAAAGGCAUGUUUUCUGGGCUCUUCAUUGAGUAUUCCUAUUACUGAUGGCAAGUUGACUUUGGGUACAUGGCAAGGAAUUUGGUUGUGCGAACACCGUAAUGAUGCUGGAUGUCGUAAAGUAGCUAUUACAUUGACCGGUUGUCUCAGGGAUUCUGCACGUAGUCCUCUGAGCCCUGUUAGUCCUAUUGCUUCUACUAGCAGCUAGGACCACUCUCACCCCCAAAGGCGUAGCAAACGUCAGCUGCGCAUAUCUACAUCCAGUGAUUCAAGCUAGCAGCUGCUUAACUUUAGUCAAAUUCUAAGAGUAUAAUUUAGA